UGGCACUGCAUUUAAAAAUAGUGUUGCAAUCAAAUCCUGUACUUAUAACUAGGAAUACCGAUGUCGUGUAGCACUAAGGAUAUUGGACAAAAGAAGCCAAACUUCAUUUCAAACCAAUCCUGCAGUGAAUUCAUGUGAGAAAUUGAUGCCACGUAGCAGUAAGGCUAUUGGAUCAUCUCUGUCAAUCUGUGUUGCUGUUCCUGUGGAAACAUGGACCUUUUUUAUAUUACAAAGAUUGUUCUGCUUGCUCACAUUGUCUUACAAGGAGCAGCUGCAACAAAUGGUGUCCUGUAUGAAUACGGAAAUGCAACUGACAAGUUAAGUCAAAAAGUAAAUUUUGGUGAGGUGGAAAUAACAAAUCUCACCGUCAAGUUCCCCCUCUUUGGAAAAAACUAUUCUUCUUUUUAUCUGUGCCUGGAAGGAAUCCUGGAUUUCAAUAGAGGUAACUGUUUUGCAUCACCAGUUAUCCCUCGAGAUGGUUCCCUUCCUAUUAUUGCCCCGUUUUGGGGUGAUUUUUCUAUUGCAUUAUCGGGUGAUAUUUACUACCGGCAGAGCAAUGAUCCCAGGCUCCUGGCCAAUGCAACGCAAGACAUCAAUAAAUACUUUCCAGGCUUAAGGUUUUCUGCCCAGUGGGUGUUUAUAGCGACAUGGGACAAGGUGACAUCCAUACUAGGAAUUGUAACUCAGGUGAAUACACUACAGGUUGUUCUUAUAACAGAUGGAACUCUUUCAUUUGUUCUUUUUAACUAUGCGGACAUUCAGUGGUCACAUGGCGCAGCGGCUGGACUGUACAAUGGAAAUGCUUCAGAAUACUAUCAAUUAAAUAAUCCACGUGACUCUGUUUUCAACUUGACAAGCUCAAGUAACAUUAAUUAUCCAGGGAGGUGGGCUUUCCGAGUAGACAAAUUACAGGUGGAAGUACCCACAAUUCAACAAACAACAACAACUAUGAGUCAAGUCAUAUAUGGAAACGGCACGCCAACUGGAAAUAUUCAAGGAACAUUUGCUACCUGUAAAAUAUAUGUGUAUAUAUUUGCUUUGUAUAUAGUUUUUCCUUUAAACUUAAUUUGACAUUUAAUUUUGUUCAAUAAAUUGGUGUUGGGAAAAUGAAUCAGCUACUGUCAAAUAUACAUGUAUAUGCAGAGGGAUACUAGAAGUCUUCUAGGGGUUCCAUGUAGAAGCAAUAGGCCACAGGCUUGGUACCUUUAUACAGGAUGCUAAACUCUGAGUUUUCUGAAUCUUCCUUCAACACUCUAAUGACAACGAAUUCCUAUAUAAUAAAUGCAUAACAAAAAGAUCAAAUUAUGUAAAUCUAAAUAAAAUUUACGAGUAAAACCAUGUUAUACAAUAGGACCCAAUAGCUACAUACACAUCAU